AUGGCUCACAAAAGUGCACUGCAAUUGGCCUAUUCUGUAAUUGAACCAGGGAUUGUAACAAGGCCUACCCAAAACAACCCAGUAUUUGUAUUGCAUGGAUUAUUUGGAUCUAAGAGAAAUUGGAGAACUGUAUCUGGAAUUUUAGCCAAUAAACUGCAACGAAAGAUCAUAAACUUAGAUGCUAGAAAUCAUGGCGAUAGCCCUCAUGCCUCAGAAAUGGGUUAUCAUGUGAUGGCGAAUGAUGUCCAACAAAUGAUUAUGCAAGUAAAUAAUGGAUCUCCAACAACUUUAAUCGGUCAUAGCUUGGGUGGGCGUACCGCUAUGACGAUGGCUUUAUCAUCUGCCUCCAACUCAAUUGAUAAAUUGGUCAUAGCUGAUAUUGCUCCAACAACCUCAGUUACUCAAUUAGCAAAUUGGAAGACUCCUUCAUAUAUUAAAAUAUUACGCAGUGUUAACCUUGAUAACUAUACUAGCAAAAGAGAAAUUGAAGAGUAUUUAGUGGAUAAAAUUACGGAUGAUACCUACAGGAAAUUCAUAUUAAUGAAUCUAGUUUAUGAAAAGAAAAAGAUUUCCUGGAAAAUUAAUUUAGAUGCUAUCAAUGCUAAUAUUCACAAUCUGGUAGCUAUUCCGGACACAAAAAGACAAUAUGAUGGUAAAGUUCUAUUUAUUGUUGGCGAGAAAUCUACGUAUAUCAAUUCUGAUAAUUUGGACGACAUUAAGAAGUUUUUCCCAAAAUAUGAAAUGAAAGUCAUUGCCGGUGCGGGUCACCUACUACACGUUGAAAGACCGCAGGAAUUUACUGACAUUGUCAUGGAAUUUAUUAGCCAGGGUUAGCAGUUUAAAAUUUUAUGGUAAAAGCUUUAAAAUUUCAAAAUUUCUUGUAUUUAAGUGCAUGAUGAAUCCCAAUCACUCUUUAAGACACAAUUAUGUACUUUAUUGUAAUGCAAUCCAAUUGCGCGUUACAACCGGUAAUUUAUCAAGUUUAAUUUUCAUUUUAGUACCAAUUUGCAGCGUACUCUAAUGGGGAUAGAAACAAUUCUAAUUAUUUAAAUUACGAGAUAAUAUAUGAUGUAAGAGGCAAUCAAAUUUCGAAUGCUUGCGUAGUAAGUUACAAUCGUUUUUACAAGUAUAGCUAUAUGCAAUAAAGAUCCAUCCAUAAUCUAUAAAAUGUGCAAGCAUGCAAAGUAAACUUGACAUAUGGUGCCCUGCUAUCGGUGCUGUUGAAGAGUUUAUUUGAUCCAGGAUGAAUAUUGUUUGCACAUGUUCUAUUUUAUCUGUGUAAGACCAUUUGUGAUGACUGCAGUCGUAUCGUGUAAGGUAUAUGAAUGCAAUGAAAUAUGAAUAAAC